AUGGCGUUAUAUAUCAGGUACUUUACCCCGUUAGAGACUCUCAUUAACAAGAUCAAACGUCAUGGAUUCUGGCUAUAUUCCGGAAUAAUUAUAGUUUCAACUGUAUAUCUAAUCUUUUCUGUAUCAACCAUACCUGCUAUUCCACCACCUCCACCAAAGAAGAAAAAGAGAAUAGAAGAUGUGAAAGAUAAGAAGUUAGAUACCAAUGGAUCUGACAUAGAUAGUUCUAGGUCUAAACUUUUAAAUGGUCACGAAAAUGGCACUAAACGAUACUCGCCAAUAAAGACGGAAGACGAUAUCGUAAAUAUAGAACAAAAUCAAAGACCGGGCGAAGUAACAAAACAAGAAUCGAAUGAAGAAGAAACUUCACUGAAUAAGCAUGUAGUAGAUACUUGGAGUAAACGAGAGUUGUAUCGAUAUUUAUUUGAACAGAAGAUAUUUCCUGAAAUCAAUGAAGAUAUAACUUUAGUUAGGAAAAGAGCUAUUGAAAUUUAUGAUAGUCAAGUAAAUGAGGAACAUUAA